AUGGCCGUCACCAAACGAGCCGGGCGAAAGAAGGAUGCGGCGCAACCACAGGCCGGCGCAAGCUCAGGCGGUCAACCACAGAUCCGAAAAGCAGCCUUCGACACGACGAAGAAGAAGCAAGUCGGCGUAUCGGAUCUCACACUGAUCAGCAAGAUCUCCAACGAGGCCAUCAACGACAACCUCAAGAUCCGCUUCGAGAAUGCCGAAAUCUACACAUACAUCGGGCAUGUGCUGGUGUCCGUUAACCCGUUCAAAGAUCUGGGGAUAUACACCGAUCAGAUGCUGCAGAGCUACCAAGGAAAGAACAGGCUGGAAGUGCCGCCGCAUGUGUUCGCUAUCGCUGAGAGCGCGUACUACAACAUGAAGGCAUACAACGAGAACCAAUGCGUGAUUAUCUCUGGAGAGUCUGGUGCCGGCAAGACGGAGGCUGCGAAGAGAAUCAUGCAGUACAUUGCGAAUGUCUCGGGAGGCAGCAAUAGCUCGAUCCAGGAGAUCAAGGACAUGGUGCUGGCGACCAACCCGCUGUUGGAGUCGUUCGGAAAUGCGAAGACGCUGCGGAACAACAACUCCUCGCGAUUCGGAAAGUACUUGGAGAUCCAGUUCAACAGGCAAGGAGAGCCGGUGGGAGCGAACAUCAACAAUUACCUAUUGGAGAAGACGAGAGUGGUGGGGCAGAUCAAGGACGAGAGGAACUUCCACAUUUUCUACCAGUUCACGAAGGCUGCAAGUCAAGAACACCGAGCGAACUUUGGAGUACAGCAACCGACCACAUACACAUACACGAGCAAGAGCAAGUGCUACGAUGUGCCUGGAAUGGACGAUGUGGCAGAAUUCAAGGACACUCUAAAUGCGAUGAAGGUCAUUGGGCUGAGCCAGCAGGAGCAAGAUCAGGUCUUCCGAAUGCUCGCUGCUGUUCUGUGGAUUGGCAAUGUCUCGUUCAAAGAAGAUGACCAAGGCAACGCGGCAGUGGUUGAUCAAUCUGUCAUUGACUUUGUCGCAUAUCUCCUUGAAGUUGAGUCGGCACAUGUCAACAAGGUCAUGACCAUCCGAAUCAUUGAGACAAGCCGAGGAGGCCGAAGAGGCUCCGUCUACGAUUCGCCAAUGAACAUUGCUCAGGCCACGUCAGUCCGCGAUGCUCUAUCGAAGGCGAUAUACAACAACAUGUUCGACUGGAUUGUGCAGCGAGUCAACCAGGCUCUGCAAGCUCGUGGUACGCCCGCACACAGCAUCGGUAUUCUGGACAUCUACGGCUUCGAGAUCUUCGAGCGCAACUCUUUCGAGCAGCUUUGUAUCAACUACGUGAACGAGAAGCUGCAGCAGAUCUUCAUCCAGCUCACAUUGAAAACCGAGCAGGAAGAGUAUGAGCGGGAACAAAUCCAAUGGACGCCCAUCAAGUACUUUGACAACAAGGUCGUGUGCGAACUGAUCGAGGAGAAGAGGCCGCCGGGUGUCUUCUCAGCGCUCAAUGAUGCUUGCGCGACGGCGUCUGCAGAUCCGUCAGCAGCAGACCGGACAUUCGUGCAGAGUCUGAACUCCCUGUCUGGCAACCCGAACUUUGCGCCUCGACAAGGACAAUUCGUCAUCAAGCACUAUGCUGGUGAUGUGAAUUACGCUGUGGAAGGCAUGACUGACAAGAACAAGGAUCAACUGCUCAAAGACAUCCUCAAUCUCUGUGCUCAAAGCUCGAACCAGUUCGUGCAUACUCUCUUCCCACAUGAGGUUGACCAGGACAACCGACGGAGGCCACCCACUGCAGGCGACAAGAUCAAGGCCUCGGCGAACGAUCUUGUGACGACUCUGAUGAAGUGCACGCCCAGCUACAUCCGAACCAUCAAGCCGAACGAGAACAAAAGCCCAACAGAAUUCAACAGCCCGAACGUGCUCCAUCAGAUCAAAUACCUCGGUCUGCAGGAGAACGUUCGCAUCCGGCGAGCAGGCUUCGCAUAUCGACAGACGUACGAGAAGUUCGUGGAGCGCUUCUACCUGCUGUCGCCGAAGUGCAGUUACGCAGGCGAGUAUACCUGGACCGGCGAUGCGAAGUCGGGCGUGCGGCAGAUUCUCAAAGAUACCAGCAUACCACCUGAGGAAUGGCAGAUGGGUGUCACGAAAGCCUUCAUCAAGACGCCAGAGACGCUGUUCGCGCUGGAAACGAUGAGAGACAAGUACUGGCACAACAUGGCUAUUCGGAUACAGCGCGCCUGGCGGAAUUACUUGCGCUACCGGACGGAGUGUGCCAUUCGGAUUCAGAAGUUCUGGAGGAAGAAGAGUGGUGGCGAGCCGUUCCAGGUGCUACGCGACGAAGGCCACAAAUUGCUCGGCGGCCGGAUGGAGAGGAGAAGAUACUCUCUGGUCGGCUACAGGCGGUUUGUUGGCGAUUACCUGGGCAUCGACAACCGCGGUGGUACUGGCGAGGUCCUCCGCAACAGCGCCAACAUCUCUUCGAGCGAGCGUACACUCUUCUCAUGUCGAGCUGAAUUGCUGGUGUCUAAGCUCGGCCGCUCAAGCAAGCCAGAACCACGCUUUCUCGUCCUCACCAACAAGAGCGUCUACCUCAUCAAGCAGGCCAUGGUCAACAAGCAGAUGCAGAUCUUCUCGGAGCGGACUAUGCCUGUCGGGUCGAUCAAGUUUGUCAGCACGAGCUCGCUGAAGGAUGACUGGUUUGCACUCGGUGUCGGCAGCCCUCAGGAGCCGGAUCCACUGAUCAACUGUAUCUUCAAGACUGAGUUCUUUACACAGCUGAGGGUAGCUUCGCGGGGCUCGUUGCAGCUUCAGAUCGGCGAGACCAUCCAAUACAACAAAAAGCCUGGCAAGCUGGCGAUCAUCAAAGCUAUUAAAGAUCCCCAGGUGCGGAGAGACGACAUCUACAAGUCCGGAGAGGUGCGCACUGGACCUGGUGAGCCGCCGAACAGCGUCAGCAAGCAAACACCGAAGGGCAAGAGCGUGCCUGGUAAGAAGAUCACCACUGGCAAAUUGCUCAAGAAGAGCGAGGGUGGCAAGCUUUCGCAGCAGGCCAGGAGGCCGAUCCCGCAAGCCCAGCCUUUGCCCGGUCAGUCGACAUCGAGAGCUCCGGCGGCCGAGAGGGUGGUACCCUCACCACAGCCUCAAGUACAGCAGCAACCGCAAGCCCCACGGCAACCUGUCGCAGCGAUGUCGAAUGGCACACCAAGCCAUGAGCGGAAUGUCUCUACUGCUUCGACUGCUUCGUCGACAAGAGCGCCUCCGCCACCACCGCCCCCUGCCGCGGCUGCGCCGCCGAAGGACCCGCAGUACAAGGCUUUGUAUGAGUUCCAGGGUCAGACGAGCGGAGAGCUGAGUCUGAAGGCUGGCGAGGUUAUCUUCGUCACGCAGAAGGAGACGAAUGGUGAGUUCUACAAAUCCACUUCCAUCUUCAACGCACAUGCUAACGUCAACACAGGAUGGUGGCUAGCCCGCCGUACCGACUCGUCCGCCUCCGGCUGGGCUCCCGCCGCAUACCUUGAGGAAGUCCGCGCCGCCCCACCUCCACCUCCACCGGCUGCAGCUCGACCUGCUCCACCUCCUGCUCCUGCAGCAGCGAAGACCAACGGCGCGCCGGCCGUGAAAGCUAAGCCGACACCCCCAGCGCCUCCAGCGAAACGCCCAGCAAACCGAACCAAACCUUCUGCCCCCGAAGCGCCGAGAGAUAGCGGCUACUCGAACGGAGGGACGCCGAAUGGCAGUGGUGCUGCGACACCGAGUGGAGGUGGUGGGCCACCGAGCUUGGCAGGAAACCUUGCGGAUCUGCUGAAGGCGAGACAGAAGGCUAUGCAUGAUGAUGACGAUCAGGGCGGGAACAAUUGGUAG